GAAAGCCCCAGCCAGUCGGGAAAGCUGGACUGAGGUGAAAUGAUGCUUGUAGGUCGGGCUCUUUAGCACACCGUGUAAGUGUAGGGCGGGCUGCGACUGAACCUCCACAGAGACCCACGUCUGUCACGUACGAGACCGCCUGCUAUCUGGUGCCUUAUCCUCUUUUCUAAGAUCCCUUAAGGAUGGGGUUAAAUUCAGCAUAGCACUGCAUAUUUUAUCUCGCUUUUAAAAGCGCUUUUCGCAAAUCGUGUCGUGUGUUAUAUUAUUUAUGAGCGAGCUGUAACUCUGAAUCGUGACCAGCGAUAUUCGUCACUCUUCGAUAUUCGUUCAUGAAACACGUUUGCAGCGACAACAUUGCAGCCUAGCUGGUCUUAAAGGGGCAGUGAAAGCAGCACGAAAGGGUAAAAUGACUAUGUCCGUCCCAGAGAGCAUAUCGGGGUCCGGGGGGAAAGAGGAGGAGAGUGAAGAUGAGAGUGAGAUCCUGGAGGAAAGCCCCUGCGGCCGCUGGCAGAAGCGACGGGAACAGGUCAGUCAGGGAAAUGUCCCAGGUAUUGAGAGUGCGUACUUGGCCAUGGACACUGAAGAGGGGGUGGAGGUGGUUUGGAACGAAGUGGAGUUUUCAGACAAGAAGGUUUUCAAGUCCUUUGAGGAGCGGAUAAAGGAGAUGUUUGAGAACCUGAUGCAGGUGGAGCAUCCCAAUAUUGUGAAGUUUCACAAGUACUGGUUGGACAUGAGAGAGAGCAGAGCGAGGGUAAUUUUUAUCACUGAAUACAUGUCAUCUGGAAGCCUCAAGCAGUUUUUGAAGAAGACCAAGAAAAACCACAAAACUAUGAAUGUGAAGGCAUGGAAGCGCUGGUGCACGCAGAUACUCUCUGCACUCAGUUACUUGCAUUCAUGUGAUGCACCCAUCAUCCACGGUAACCUGACCUGUGACACCAUCUUUAUCCAGCACAAUGGCCUCAUAAAGAUCGGCUCAGUUUGGCACAGGCUGUUUGUUAACGUAUUUGCUGAGGCGAUUCAUGGGAAUGUGCAUCAACAUCGAGAUGAAAUGCGGAACCAGCAUUUCUUUGCUCCGGAGUAUGGCAUUGCUGAAGAUGACUACGCCAUUGAUAUCUUUUCAUUUGGCAUCUGUGCCUUAGAGAUGGCAGUACUGGAAAUCCAGGCCAAUGGAGACAUUUCAGUUUCGAAAGAGGCCGUUGAUCAUGCUGGACAAUCACUUGAGGACCCUCUCAUGAGGGAAUUCAUCCAGUCGUGUGUGCACACCGAAGCCAAGACGAGACCUACAGCUCAUGACCUGCUGUUCCACAGAGUGUUAUUUGAGGUCCACUCCUUAAAACUGCUUGCUGCGCACUGCUUUAUCAAUAACCAGUAUCUCCUUCCUGAGAAUUGUGUGGAAGAGAAAACAAAAUCUUUUGAUCCUAAUGGCAUCAUGGCAGAGAUUAAUCAUCGUGACCGACCUGGAGUCCAUCUAAAGUACUCUCACGUUUCUCCUCUGGAGCUGGACAAAUUCCUUGAGGAUGUGAAGAACGGCAUAUAUCCCCUCAUGAACUUCGCUUCUCAGCGGCCGCAUCCUAUCCCUCGCGCUCUUUCUUUGUCACAGGAACAGAUGGAGACUGUGAAGACCCCAACCCCAGAACCACAGGAGACUGAAACCAGAAAGGUUGUCCAGAUCCACUGUAAUUUGGAAGCGAAUGAGGAAGGCACAAGGAGUCACCUCUCUCUCUUUUUAAAGAUGGAUGACAGGCUUCACCGUCAGCUCAGCUGUGAUGUUUUGCCAUCGGACACUCCCAAAGAUUUGGCUAGUGAAUUGGUUCACCAUGCUUUCAUCAGUGAAGAAGACUGUGAGAAGUUGGCAUGUUUUCUUGAGGAUGCAUUUUAUAAGCACAGGUCAGGGACGUCCACCUCUCCUACUGCCAUGGCUGUGAUGAACUAAGCCCAACUGGUCCCAUAAUAGACAAACCGAGAUUGAAGACUGGGUCAGAGCAUGAGGAAAACCAAUGGUGAGAGAUUCAGAAGAGGGAAAUGAGACCAAAUACGCAACAUUACAUGAAUGAAGGUCAGGAAAAGAUGGCUUCAGAGUAAGUUACGGGACUGGGGAGAAAGUCUCACACCAUACCGCAUGGUAGCUGCACAAACUCCAAAGAGCUCAAACUGUUCAUUUUGAUCUUGAAGGAUCUCGAAAUACUGCUAUCAUCUCACCAUGAUGAACACUUCUAUCACUUGCAGAGAUUCUGCCUCAGUGCCAGCAUUUUGAUUGUGAUCAAAUUAUUUUUUUUUGUAAUAACAUCCCUCCGAGUCAUUGUGUCUAUAUGGCAUAAUCCAUUGUCAUCUAGCAAAGGACAAAAUCUCAAACAGACAAUUUUGUUCCAAUAUAAAUGUGUUAUUUAUUAUUUUAAACUAUUAAUGCACCAACUUGGUAUACAUGUUUAAAAGUUCAAGCAAGGAAAUGCAUCAAAAUGUUUAAUUCUACUUUUCUAAAUGAUCUUGUUCUGUAUGCUUUAACAAGCUGACGUUGAGUAAACAAAUGUAUGGUACUAUGACAAAAGUGCUCUUGGAAUCUGUUGUACUAAUGUAUUACAUCACUUUAUUUUUAGAUGUUAAAAUGUGUUUCUAGCUCUUAAUCUUGAAUGAUUUUACUGAGUUUAAGAUGUUGAUCUCAAUUGCUUUUUUAUGCAGAUAGUAACUUAGCAGAUAUUUUAAACAAUGGCAAUAAUGGUAUCCUUAAGUAUAAGAUUACAAUUCAAAUGUUUGGGGUCAGUAAUGUUUAUUUUUAUUUUUUAAGAAAUAAACUUUUUUUUAUCCAGCAAGGGCACCUUAACUUGGUCAAAAGUGACAGUAAAACUUUUACAUUGUUGUGAAAAAAAAUCAGUUUUGAACUAAAUGCUGUUCUUUUAAACUCCUAUAUUAAUCCUAGAAAUUUUAUUUUAUUAGAAUAUUUUAACAAUAUUUCUGUUUUACUGUAUUUUUGAUCAAACUUAAUGCAGCUUAAAAUCUUACUGACCUCAAGAAUGUUCCAUCUGAUAUUUGCUCAGUUUUAAGCAAAAAAGCAGGAGAGCAUUUAAUCCAUAUUUCUUUUACCAAGAAAAAGCUUGAACUUGAAUUUUUUUAUUUAUUUGCCGCCUUAAUGUGAAUAUGACCUGAUCCUAGAUCAACUGUCUGCUCAGAGGUGUUAUAAAUAUGGAGGUCCAGUUUACUUUUAAUUAUUUCUUAGUCCCUUACACUAAUUAAUUCAUGGUGAUAGCAUACAAUGAACUGACGUUUACUGAAUCAGAAGAAACAAUGGUUUACUUUAAUAAAUCCCUCCACUGGGAAUGAAGGGCUUUUAUUCUAUUUGGCAUUUACAUAUUACCACAGUAUGCAUGUUUUGUGUCAUGUAAAAGGAAUCAUAUGCUAUUUUGUAUGUAUUCUAUAUGUGAGAACUUGAACCUUGUCACAGCCAAAGAUAUACUGGGUGCAGUGCUGGCAAGAGUGGGUACUACAUUGCAAAUAUAGGGUCCUGUAUUUGACUAACACUUGCAUUUUUACAACAGUAUUCAUUCUGUGAAAACAUCCAUGUUGCCAUUCCGUCCAAAGCAAUAGUAUCUGUUAGGGAUGCUUUCAGUACUGUACUCCCCAAUGGCUUCGAAAAUAUUUGCAUGUCAGGAAAGGAAUGCUUUUAAAGAAUUGUUCUUUUUUUGAUAUAUUGGCAUGGUUGCACAAUGGAUGUAUUGCACCUUCGGAAAACUAUUACAAGGGAUUUGUAUUCUCCUUUUAUUCUUGCUAAUUCAAAUGAUUCAUAUGUCAUGAAAAAGUCACCAUCCUCCCAGUGUUAUUAUAAGACUCCAAUGUCUUGCAAUGUAAUACAUUUGUACGUAGACGCAAGAGAUAUGAAUGUACAGUAACUGUUUAAAUAUGCUCUUCCUAAUUCCUGGUGUCCUUUCUCAUCUUAAUCAAAUACAUUAACCAGGCUUUUGCUUUUUUUAUUUGUGUUGAACUUGUAUACUGUGACAUGAAGUACUAUAACAUUAAAUUAUAAAAUGAAUACUUUAA